AUGACUCUAUUUAGGCUUUUACAGGCCAAACCAUUAAGAACAAUAACAACAACAAAAUACUUGAGUACAAAUACUGUAACUGCAACGCUUGUUCCUGAUACUAAAACAUCAAAAUUCAAAUCAAUCCUAACUAAUCCACAUAUAACUAAUCCAAUUGAUCCUCAUAUCCAUUUCUAUUUUGAAUCAAACUUUAAAUACAAGAGACUUUUUCAAAGAAAUUUUACUAAAGAUGUAGAAAAUUUAACCAUAAUUCAAAAAAGGUUACUCAGAAAACCAGAAAAGGGGCAAGAACAAAAAGAACAAAAAUUCCAAUUCUUAUUUCCACCCAGUGACUUAAACGUAAGAAAAUUGUUAUAUCCCCAUCACAACUUUCUAAUAAACACUACAGGAACCCGUUUUAAAUACAUGUCAAAAUUAAACCGUACAGGUUAUUAUUAUUUGCUUAACUCCACCAUUCAGCAAUGCAUGAUAAUUUUUAAUAUUCAAAAUUCGCAGUCUCAGGCAAAGACAUUGUUCAUUAUACAAAAACAUUUAAAGAUUAAAAUCAAUACUUUGUUAAAAAAUUAUAUCAGUUCUAAUAUAUUACAAGAUCUGAAGAAACUUUCGCAUUUGCCUUAUCCAGAAUCUACUUGUGAUCGUGCUACGGUGAAUCAUGCAGAUUUAAAAACAUUUUUUAGUAUAAUUGGUUAUUUGAUUGAAGCAAGUCCAGAUAAAUUAAAAAUAAUAGAUUUAAUUACCAAACAGAUUACACAACCAAUGAUUCAAAAACACAUAACUUCAUUGAUAUGA